UCAGCUAUGGACCGCUGGUGUGGCCGAGUGGCAAUUGUUACCGGGGCCAGUGCGGGCAUCGGGGCUGCGAUUGCCCUCGCACUUGCCCGUAGUGGAAUGAAGGUGGUUGCCGUGGCACGCAGACUGGAUCGGUUGCAAAACAUCUCCAAUGAGUUGCAAGCUAAUAAAUCCAAGGGCGAACUGCAUCCAAUUCAAGGGGACAUCACCAGCGAUGAGGAUAUAAAGAGGGUUGUGAGGUGGACCAGGGAAAUACUAGGGGGUGCUGAUGUUCUUGUAAAUAACGCCGGUGUCAACCGGUACGGAAUUCUUACAGAGCAAAGCACAGAGAACAUAAAAAUGAUCUUAGACACAAACUUAGUUGGGCUGCUUUCAUUUACAAGGGAGGUUGUUCAAGACAUGAAAUCAAGAGGGGUUGACGAUGGACAUAUUUUCAACAUAAAUAGUUUAGCUGGGCAUUACAUUCCAGAAUACUCUGUGGGCUACAUUUAUGUUGCGAGCAAACACGCAGUGACCGUUGUCACCGAAGGUUUCCGCCGCGAAUUUCGAGACAUGGGUACCAAAAUAAGAAUCACAAGCAUCAGCCCAGGGCUGGUUAGGACCGAAAUGAGCGUCGCCAGCGGGUUGUCGGAGGAUGCGGCGAACCAAAAGUACUCGGAGAACCCGUGCAUGGACCCUGAGGACAUUGCCGACGCCGUGAUUUACGCGCUCGGCACCAAACCCCACGUCCAAGUGCACGAAAUCACGAUUCGCGCCACUGCGGAGGUCGAAAUUGGCGCUAUGCAAAAUCACCACUGAUGUCAAACGUGUACAGGAGCGUCAAUAACAACACUUGUGCAGGCAGAAAAUUGAAAAAUUACAGUUAUUAUUUGUGAUGAUGUAAAUCUUUCAAACGUUUACUUUAAGUUGAAAGUAAUUUUGUUAAUAAAAUGAUGUG